AUAAAGGGGUGGUGGUGGUGGGGGAGUGAGGCGGAGUUUUGGAGAACUAUGGCACAAUUGUAGACUUUCCUGUCUGCGCGCCGCCGUAUGAUAAAUGAAGCGCGCACAAGCGGGUUAUGUAGAGGCGCGUCUGAAGGAGGGAGACAGCAUCCAGCAGCCACUGACCUCAACACAUCAGUAACAGAGCAUCAUGGGAGGAGCAGUGGUGGACGACAUGCCUCCUGGGGUGAAGGCACCAGACGGCGGCUGGGGUUGGGCAGUAUUGGUUGGCUGCUUUGUCAUCACCGGCUUCUCCUAUGCUUUCCCCAAAGCUGUCAGCGUCUUCUUCAAGGAGCUGAUCCGAGAGUUUGAUGUGGGCUACAGUGACACUGCCUGGAUCUCAUCAAUUCUGCUUGCCAUGCUCUAUGGCACAGGCCCUCUGUGUAGUGUGUUGGUGAACAAGUUUGGGUGUCGACCAGUGAUGAUGGUUGGCGGGCUAUUUGCCUCGCUGGGAAUGAUUCUGGCCUCCUUCGCCACCAGCAUUAUACAUAUCUACUUCUGCACUGGAGUUAUUACAGGUCUGGGUCUGGCGUUGAACUUCCAACCAUCUCUGAUUAUGCUGAAUCGCUACUUUAGUGAGAAGCGCCCCCUGGCCAAUGGCUUGGCUGCAGCAGGCAGCCCUGUGGCACUGUGCUGUCUCUCCCCACUCGGACAAAUUCUCCAGUACCACUAUGGCUGGAGGGGUGGGUUUCUCAUACUGGGAGGAAUGCUGCUCAAUUGCUGUGCCUGUGGUGCCCUCAUGAGGCCCUUGUUGAUCCCAAAGAGGCCCCAGGAACUGGAUAAGAGCACUCCCAGAGCUGCAGAGGAGAAGAAGCCCCAGCCAAAGAAGAAACUGUUGGAUUUCAGCGUGUUCAAGGACAGGGGUUUUGUCAUCUAUACCAUUGCAGCAUCUAUUAUGGUGCUGGGUUUGUUUGUUCCUCCUGUGUUUGUGGUCAACUAUGCUAAAGGCCUUGGCUAUGAAGACACUAAGUCAGCAUUGCUGCUCACCAUCUUGGGAUUUGUUGAUAUGUUUGCUCGUCCUGCGUCAGGACUCAUAGCAGGCAUGAAGGUUGUAAGGCCCAGAAGUGUUUACCUGUUCUGCUUUGCUAUAAUCUUCAAUGGAUGCACUGACAUCAUUGGAUCACAGGCGAAAGACUAUGGAGGUUUGGUGGUCUUCUGUAUCUUCUUUGGUAUGUCUUAUGGCAUGGUAGGAGCUCUACAGUUUGAAGUCCUCAUGGCACUUGUCGGGACAGAGAAGUUCUCCAGCGCCAUCGGCCUGGUGUUGCUGAUGGAAGCUAUGGCUGUACUAGUGGGACCUCCGGGAGCAGGUCUCCUCUUGGAUGCGACCCAUCAGUACAUGUACGUCUUCCUGUUGGCGGGCUGUGAGGUCACACUAUCGGCUGUUGUCAUCACCCUGGGUAACUUCCUUUGCAUUAAGAGGAAAAGGCCAGAUCUAGAGGAUAAGCUGGAGAUGGCUGUGACUGCUGCAGAAAAGGAGGGGCUAAACUGUGGGGCAGAAGGUGAGGACGACAACGAAGGUGAAAAGGACCCAAAGGGAAAAGAGAAUGGAAACAUUGGGGCUGUGAACGCAGAGGAAAUGAUGAUAGUGGAGGAGAUGGGGAAGGAGGGUAGAAAGGAAGAAUAAGACUAGCAAUGAGAAAAGACAACCUGUGCACCAAGAGAAUACCCAAUACUAAGGAUGAUUUCAGGCGUGAAGUGGAAAUGAGUGAGAAGCCAUGCAGGAAAUGAGGGGGAACAAAGUAGAGUAUGAAAAGAGGGCUGAUGUUACACUUUAAAUAAAUAUCAAAACAGAGAGGUUUGUUUAUAACAAGUUUCAUCUUUGACGAGAGCGGGCAUACAGUACGACACUCUUCUGUCUUCAGAAUGACCUUUCCCUUUUGAGAUGAACCAUCACUGUAAAAGUUCCUUGUGGCACCAUGCCUAAAAGCUCCAGUCAUUUUCUGUACAUUAGACAACAACAACAACAACAAAACAGCCCAAUUUAAGAUUUUUACUUGGAGAGAAAAGAUUAAAAUGGUAUAUUUUAGGAUUUAGCCAGUCAACGUGUAAAUCUGUUUAAAUGGUCUGUUAAUGUUUUUACUGAAUAAAUGGCACUUCUCUUAACUGUGCGAACUAACAAAAGGUCUUAAAGAUGGUGUAACUUAAGUUACACUGAAAAAACUAUGACUAGCAUAAAACACCUGCUUUCAGAAUAGAGUUGUUUGUAGCAUGUCCACCCAAAUAACAAGCAGAGAAUUUUUCAUGUGCGUCCCAUGUUCCAAGGCUCAGUUCCUGCUGCAGCGACCCAGGGUUCGAUUCCAACCUGUGGUCCUUUGCUACAUAUCAUCCCCGCUUCCCUGUCAUUCUUCAGCUAUCUCUGUCUAAUAAAAAUAUCUUUAAACAAACAAAAAAAACAGCCUCAAAAGGGAGUAGGGACAUGGAGCAAGGGCAAAGUAUCCACAUGGGCUGCUUCCAUUUAUCUACUGCAACAUGUCCAAAUUCUGUGCAUUAGUUAUCCUGGAUUUGAAUGGAGACUUACUUACUUAGAUGUAGAAGGAAGGAGAAUUUAUCUGUACUAAUGUUUACUUAGAGACAGUACAUUUUACAGCAGACACUUUGUGUUCCUUUCUCAGCACAGCUUUUCUCAGAUCCUGAGUGUGUCAGACUAUUGGUCCCAAAAUAGCUUUUCAAAUUUUUAAAUGUUCAAACUUCAAGUACUGUUCUUGUUUUCUGCACAUUUGCUUUAUUUAUUAAGUAUUUAUUGACAUUGUAAUAACAAUCGAAAGACAGCUCCCAUUCAAUUUCAAUUUAACUUAUUUAUAUAAGACUUAUUUCAGUUGCUGCCUGUUGCAUUUGUCAGUAGAAUACUGGAACAAACUUUGUUAGUCUCAGGGCAAUGUAGCAGUGCUGUAUACUCAGCUCUUGAAUGUAUGUCCUAUUAUUCUUUAAAGGUCUGUUUAAUGCUGCAACACUGGGAACUCCUGUGGUAUGUGUUGGUGUAAUGCCAGAUUGCUUUGAUCUCGCUGUCUUACGUGCAUGUGUUUAAUUAAUUAACAUACCAACACAGGAGAACAAGCAAAACUUGAUUGGGUAAUGAAUAGAAGCACACAACCACAGCACAUACACUGAAUGUCAAACAACAUAGGCACAGGAUGCCCGUUAUUCCACAAUAAAUAUAUUUUCUGUUGAGAAAAA